AUGGAUGACGAUUGCAUUUAACUAAAAGAUGUCCCAAUAUAUAGACCUAAAAAUUUGGUUCGAUAAGUUACUAUCAAAGAAGAGACGAAUUCGCCUCCUAAAUAAGAAAUCGUUAAUACUUAAAAUCUUUUUGAGCAACUAAUUGAUCAGUUUGUUUAAAUGAUGUAAGAAGAAAGUUUGUCUACAUAACACAUCAUUAAUAUAUUCUAUCAAAUACUUUUAAAUGUAGGUUAGAGUAUUUUCAAUAGAAGCACAACUCCUACUUAAUUAGACAAAAGCAAGAUUAUUAAGCAUCAAUGCGUAUAUUUUUAUCAAAGAUUGAGAAAGUAUUUCUAACAAAACCAAAACGAAACAUUAAAUGGCCUCUUAAUGAAAUUGUAAAAAUUACAAUAAGAUCAAGAUGAAGAACAAACAAAACAAGAAAUAAACUUUUAUCGUUUUAAUACUAUGAAAUCUACAUAUCAUCCUGAUUUUGAAGUGAAUAAAAAGCAUAGUUCUUAUAUUAAUGAAGAAUAACAAAAAGAGCUGGAAAUGAGAAAUUCAAAACUUGAAGAAAUGCAAAAGAAAUUAGAUUGCAAAAAUAAUAUCAUAAAAGACAUGACACAAGGAUAUUUAAAAGACGUUUAACACAUGAAAGAACUAUUAUUUAGAAGAAAUGUUUAAUCGUUGAACAUUUUUGAGGUCUAGUAUUUUGAUUCCAAAGAAGGAUUCACUGAUGAGUAAACUAAUUUAUUGAACUAAAAGAUUAAAGGAAUGCAACAAUAAUUUGAACAUAAAUAUCUUGAGUUAACUUAGACAAUCUAGCAUAUAAGUCUUGAAAACAAGCAAUACAUCCUAUAAAUCGAUAAGUUAAAAGAAAAACUUAAAAUCCACGAAACUAGCGUUGGUUUAUUAGCUAAAGUCAUUCAAAUGGAUAACAAUGAUCCUUAUACUACUUGGAAGAAUAUUUAAGAUCUAAAAGGAAAUUAAUAUUUUUUUUAAGUAUUUGAGAACUAAAAGCAUAUUUAUGGUAUUAAUUAUCGAGAAAUUGAUAAAUUAAUUAUCCAAUGCAAAUCUUAAUAAAGGGAAGUUUAAAAUUUUCGAUAAUAGUUAGAAGAAUAGUUAUCCUAAUUUGUUGAUAGAUAAAUUAAUUAUAUUAAAAAUUUGUAAGUAGAAAUUGAUUUAAAAAAUUAAGAAAUAGAAAAACUAAAAAAUAAUUAAAACGAAAUUGUUUAAGAGUGUCUUAAUUAAAGUAGAGAAUAGAUGGAAAUUAUAUUGUAGCAUAGAAAAAAUGAAAGUAAAUUAUUUCUUAUAAUAGUGUUAUAGCAAUUAUUUGGAAAAUUCAAUGAAUUGAAUGAUAUUUAGACAAAUUUUGAUCAAUAUAAAGUCAAAAUGAUGUUUAAUAAAUGGGCAUUAAUAAAUCGAAUGUUAAGAUGUCUAAAAACUACUAGAGACUAAUUAAUACUACGUUAAGAAAUUAAAGAAAUUAUCCUUGGGAGAAAAGAAUUUGAAGAGAAAUUAAAAGAAUAUAAAAAUAAAAAAAGAAAGAAGAGAAAUAUCCUUAAAAGUUAAUAUGAAGAAUUAAAGCAAACAUAUGAGAAUGAAAAAUAUAAUCAAAUUUAUUGGGAAUAUAAAUAUUUAACAUAAUAGAAGGUUGAGUAGAUUUUGAAUUAAGAAAUCAACUUAUUACAAUAGCAAUAUUCUCAAUCAAAUGAGAAUUUUAAAUAAUUGUAGUUAAAAUAUCAAGUGGUAUGUUUGCAUUAUUAAUAAUUAUAUCAUUUAUUCGACUCCAAGUAAAUUAAUUUUGAAAAAUUAGACAAUGCUUAAAUAAAAUUGAUUGAAUAUAAAUUAAGAUAAUCUGAUUAGAAUAUUCAACAUUUAUCUUAAUAGAUGGCUCUUUAAUAAGAGUAUCAAAUAUCUAAAUAAGAAGUAUUAAUUUCAAGUAUGUAAAAAAAAUCAAAAUUUUGUUAGACAAUUAUCCUGAAUGUUAAUACUCCUAUUUAAAAUAAUAAUUUUCAUGAUUAAUUUAUUGAAAAAAUAAAGAAGCUUUAAUUAAAUUUAAAUGAGACUUCUCAUAAAUAAACAAAUACUGAUUUUGAAUGUUAAGAAAAAAUAAUUUAAAGUACAAAAGAAGUUGAAAUUUAAUGCAUAAUGGAAUCGAUUUCUCCAAUUUAAUAAUUAUCCAAUUCAAAUUUUAAAAGCAAUUAGUUUCAUUAGGAUAAAGUAAGAUCAUUAUAAACACCUUCUUAAUUAUGCUUUUUGGAAGAGAUUUCUGAAUAAAUUGAUUCUUAAUAAAAUCCACAUUAAAAUGAAUCAAAAAUAUUAGAUUAUUAGAAUUUGAGUAAUUUAAAUCAUGAUAAUACAUUUGUCAUCUUUUAGAGAAAUUCAAUAAAAUUUACAAAAGAUGAUUUUAAUAAAAAGGUUUAUGAAUCAUCCUUAUUAUAUGAUUAAAAUAGAUUAUAAAUAACAACCCCAUAAACACCAAAUUAAGCAUCUUAAAAAGUAAAAGAUUAGAUUGAAAAAAUAUCUUAUUUAUCUUAAAACAAUAAAGAGUAUUGUGUCGAUCAAUAAUAAGACAUUUUUUCAAGAUUGUAUAAGGAUAGCAUGAAUAGAAAAUAGAGGUUAUAAAUAUUAAAAAAUAAUAUAGAAACUUUAGAUUAAUAUAAAUGGGAAUAAAUUCUUUAAAUAAUUUAAUCUAGUCCUUUAGAUUAAAAAAGUGGUCUUAGUGAAAAAUCUAGUAAGAAUGCAUAAAUAUAUUAUUAAAAAUAAAAAGGUUUUAAAGAUUUUGAUUAUGGACUAAUUGAUUUGGAAAAGGAUAAUUAAAAAAGAUUGUCUUACAAACGAACAGGUACUUAAAAUAAUAGGACAUUUUAAAUUCAAAAAAUUCAUUAAAUAUAAAAGCAAAACACAACAUUUGACUUUUAUAAUAAUACUAAAGUAAAUAGAUAGAAUUUUUGA